UUGUCACUACAAAUUUUAUUUAAAAUAAAAUUGAAAAUGUCGACAAUUUUGACACUUUUUCUUAUCAUCUCCAUGAUUUCAUUUCAAAUUACAAAUGCCUACAAUCCAUAUAAAUAUGGACCUAUCGGAUGGGCGUUGGUGCACAGAGGCGACACUGGAGGCUAUCCUGUAAGACAAAGUGGAGGAUAUGGAUAUGGCAGAACCAGUGGAUAUGGAUAUGGCAGAACCAGUGGAUAUGGAUAUGGCAGAACCAGUGGAUAUGGAUAUGGUAGACCUAGUGGAUAUGGAUAUGGUAGACCUAGUGGAGGAUAUGGAUAUGGCCAGACUAGUGGAGGAUAUGGCGGAAAUAAUUAUGCUAAUAGCUAUGGAUAUCCAGCUGCUAGUCCUAACGGAUAUCCUCCCAAUUAUGGAUAUGGAAGACGUUGA